UCCUAGGAAACACUGACCUGACAUAAUGUUCUUAAUCCUGGUUGUCACAGUGUUCUUGGCUGGCUGCUUGGCUUUGCCCAUCAAAGACCCGUACUCGUAUUCCUCUGCGGUGGGUCAGGGAGGUGGCACCCCAUUUGCUUCCUACGGUGAGGGACGCAUCACGGGAGUCAGAGUGUGGGAGACCAACAACAACUACUACUACUACUACUACUACUACAACUACAACAGCAACAACUACAUCAGUGGGUUCCAGCUGAGAUACGGUAGCAACUGGUCUCCUGUGUUUGGUGGUGAAGGGGGCUUAAAGCAGGAGAUGGAGCUGUUUAAUGAUGAGGCCAUCGUUGAGGUGUCUGGGAAAUACAACCCAGCAGACUACAUCUGCUACCUGGUGUUAACCACCAACAUGGGGCGCACUCUGUCAACCGGCCUGCCCAACCAAAUCUCCUUCAACUUCUACCCAACCAACAUGGGCAAUGAGCUGAGGAUCCUCAGCGGUCGCUUCAACGGUGCCGGAAUCACCUCCAUCGGAGCCCACUGGGGAUUGGUGGACACGGAAGGGGCUGGAAACAGUACUCUGCAAACAGCACUGGAAACAGUAACUCCUAUUUUUUAGGGGGAAAAAAGCAUGUCUUGCUCUUUGGGAUGGUAUUCCGGAUACAGAUUAAGCCUUGUCCUGGACUAGUUACUUUCAAUGGAGAUUCUCCAUUCAACAUGCUUUUUAGUCCAGGAGUAAACUUAAUCUGGGUCCAGGAAACUGACCUUAUAUGUUGGACGGAUGUUUGACAUAGACACUGACAGAACUGUUUUGUAUUUCACUAUCUAAUGGAUGCUUCAUGAGAAUUUAAACUGAAUGAAUUUUAAAACAGUCCUGUCAGCUUGGGUCACAGACCACAUGCGUUGUUUUCACAUUUUAUCACAAUAAAGGAAAGAAUCAUAUGGGAUUUAAAGGAUGAAUUAUAUCUUUGAUUAAUGGAACAAUCUAAUAUUAUGGGGAGAUAAUAGUGUUUCAGGAUGUUUCACCUUCACUAUUUUAUACACACUACAUUUGUUAUUUGUUGUUCCUUUUCUGCUACAUCUGCUUCUGGACAUUUGAAUAAAAAGCAUAUCUUUAAUCAUUA